GUUAAUUCUUGAGUCUUCAUUCAUUCAUGAUGCUGAAGAACAUUAAUGUUUUAAAGCUUCAAACUGUUUUUCAGAUUUAGAUAAAUAUUUAUGUAUAAUGGGUACAAUUUCUAUAUUUCUAGGUCUCGAACAAAUGGUCAAAUGAAUGGAAACGUUAAUUUUGAUUUGCAACAUGAGUUUAAACAUGACAUUUGCAAUCUGAAUGUAACUUUUUAAAAUGUAUUUCAUUGUUGGUUGUAUUUAUAUUUUUGCAUCAGUUUGAACAAGUCAAUGAACUGAUCCUGUCAGCAUAACUACUUUUACAGCAUAAAUACUGGAGAAGAGGCACAUACAAAAGUUGAGAGUCUCAGAAACUGUCAGGAACCUCUUGGUACAAACUUUGCUUAUGAGAAUCAUUUGUCUGAUCUAAAAUGCUUAAUACAAUGUACUUAACCUUAGUUUUUCAUGUAAUGCUAUGACAGAUUAUUGUGGUGCAUUGUGGGAUUGAUCGUGGCCUAACGGAUUAAGAGGUUUAAGGACUGGUGUGAUAUGCUCAGUUUUUCUGGUUUUAGUCAGAAUGCUGUCCUCGAUUACCUGCAGCUGUCUAACGUUAUUCUUUGGAAGGUUGGUGAGGAGACCAUUACAAUAAUCCACCCUGUUGGUACAAAGCAGUUUCUCCAAGUCUUGAUUGGAAACAAAACAUUAUUUCAUGCAAUGUUUUUGAGAUGAUGGUGUGCUGAUUUAGUUACUGAUUCUUGACUUGAUUUUUAGUUGUCUGACCCGUAGAGUCAAUGUAUGCAUUUACUUUGAGAACUUCAUGUUUGUUUCUAAGUGACUUCAGUUUUCUUUUUGUUUAACUGAAGAAAGUUCUGGCACAUCCAGCUGUUAAAUUCAUCAGUGCAUUAGCACAGGUAGUCAGUGGGGCUGUAGUCAUUUGGAGAUAAAGCUAGGUAAAUUUGGGUAUAAUCAGCAGAUAUGUGAUAGGCAAUUUUAUUCCCUAUCUGUCAGUCACUGUGAGUUAUGUUGUGAUGACAGUCUGGAGUUUUGCUUGAAGCACUGAUUCACUCUGAUUAAUAGAAAAUGCUGAUGACAUUUGGCAAGUGGUUAACUAAUCCUGAGUCAUACCCCGGCACACGCAUAAAUAGGUGACAGGUGUCAUCAGAUUUCAUCAGAUCAUCAAUCAUCAGAUUUUGCUUUGAAGCCGAACAUCUGCAUUUUGCUAUGCAAAGCUCACUGUUGCUACAAAUGAGGAAGAAGCUGGAAACAGACGUUGUUCUCGGCCACCGAGAGCACUGCUGAUCAGCAAUUUCCCUGGGUGUUUCGCUAAAAGAGCAAUUUCUGAUCACUGUCAUUUUACAUCUUUUUCUUUUUUCGACCUUGUCCUCUUGAGAUCUGCACCGAAAGCAGAUCAGAUGUCUUGGCAGGGUUGCCUCCCUCGGGAUGCUGCUUUCUUAGGGUUGCAGGUGUGCUCAUUAGACAGUGGAGUCAGACUCUUGUCUAAUAUCUUUUUUAAGCGUAAAGAAACAACACAAAAAGAGAGAGUACAUUGUUUUUGUUGCAUCAUGACGUUUUUCUGUGCUAUUGGAUGCGCUAAGGAAUUAAGAUAAAUCAGGAAGAUUACUUACAAAGCAGUCUUUUGUGGUGGAAGUACAUAGCAAGUACAGUUUUUAGCUGUAGUUCACACAAGACUAGAUAAUAAUGUGAGAUAUCAUCGCCUUGCUGUCCAUAACCCCAAUUGAGUUCAGAAAUUGAGUUGUGAAAAAUGGAGUGAACGAGAAAAAUAGAGGACAGGGAAAAAAAAGAAAACAAUAGUAGGCGUGAAAUAGCCAGUGACAGGCUAACCUAAUUUAACUAACCUAAUUUAAAAUGGGUAUCUAUGUUCUUUUCGACACACACAGUCAGAGUUUUGUUAUUGUUUAAAUAAAUGUAAUAGUUCUAACUACAGAAAUACUACAAUACAUAAGCCUCUAAUGCUUUGAAAAUAAUAAUUGGAUGAUCAAUGUACCUAGUUGUAUAAAAUGCAUCAAAAUUAUUUUAUAACAGUUGUCUAUUUUCUGCUAUUUCAUUAGAACUCACUUUUCUGUCCUUUCAAUUCAGAUUCCUGUUUUUAAAUUAUUUUGGUUUAUAUUAACUUUUUCUUUCUUUCCAGACCCUAUGGAAGAGAAUAAAAAUAAUGAAGAACUGAGUGACGUGGAGGAGAAAUUUCAUGUCAAUACUGAAGAGAAAUCUCUUGAGUUCUCGAAAAAUAAAAAAAAAAUUGUAAAGAAAAAAAGACCUGAAAAAUCUUUUACUUGCAAUCAGUGUGGAACGAGUUUCACAUGUACAAACGCUCUUGAGAUUCACAUGAGAAGCCACACUGGAGAAAAGCCACACGCAUGUGAUCAGUGUGGAAAGAGUUUCUCAUACAAUCAAAGUCUUAAGAUUCAUAUGAGAAUUCAUACUGGAGAGAGACCGUAUGUAUGUGAUCAAUGUGGAAAGAGUUUCCCAUACAGACGAAGUCUUGUGUUUCACAUGAGAGUUCAUACUGGAGAGAAGCCAUUCACAUGUGAUCAGUGUGGAAAGAGUUUUGUGCAUUCAUCAAAUUUUAAACGACACAUGAGGAUCCAUACUGGAGACAAGCCAUUCACGUGUGAUCAGUGUGGCAAAACAUUUAUUAGGGCGUCACAACUGAAGACACACCUGACAGCUCAUACGAAGGAAAAGCCACAAUCAAGUUCUUCAUGUGGAAAGAGUUUUUCACAGCUAAAAAGUUUAAAAUCGUAUCAGAAAUUGCAGAACACUGUGAGAGAUCAUGUGUGCGUUACAUGUGGAAAGACUUUUGCUUCAGUGAAUGUUUUAAAACGGCAUCAGAGGGUUCACACUGGAGAGAAACCUUACAAGUGUUCACAAUGUGACGUGAGAUUUCGUUGGUCAGUAGAUCUGCAAAGACAUGAGUGGAUCCACAAUGGAGAGAAACCGCACACAUGUGAUCAGUGUGGGAAGAGCUUCACACGCAAACAAAGUCUUAAAGCCCACAUGAGGUGCACACCAUCAGUGAUUUCAUCAAUAAAUGCUGGAGAUAUCCCAUCAGUUUACAAGUGCAGACAUGACUCAAAUCAUCAGGAAGUGAAAUUUAUUAAAGAAGAAAGUGACAACAUGAGUGAUCCAAAUCCCUGCAAAAUGAAACGCACUGAAGAACAGAGAGACAGGAGAACAAUAUCCAAAACAACAACACCAAGAAAGCAAAAUUAAUGCACUGGAGGGUCAAGUAGCAGAUGUAUCCACAUCUGUACGAUCACUCGCAGAGAGAUUUCAGAGACGUAGAGAAGGCUUUUAACUCCUGGAAAGAAACCUGAUGUUGGUGACCCAGAGUUAUGCAAGGCAACAUGAAAUAUCCGAGACAAGUUUGCCAAAACAAUGAAAAGAAUGAAAGGAAAGAGUGGAAAUAAAGCUCAUCACACCCAGGGUAUGUUUGGAGAUAGCCUGGCUCAGACCCUUUGUCUGGCAUCAACAAACUGUGUCCAACACACCAUGUUUUGAAAAGCAGCGUGUGACUGAUCGACCCACAGAGCACUCAUGGACCCACUUCACCUAGGAGAUUGGAAGACUGAGCACUACCCAUCACCCUUUCACCUUACCUCGUAUUGUUUGCUAAUAAAUCCACCUUCUGGGGUCUUUAUUUUGAGCUCUCCUUGUUGUGUGAUUCUUUACAGGGUGUAGAGACAAACUCAUCUUUGAGGCUCAUCCAAAUGGCCUUGUACAUCUCCACGACUAUAUUGCCCACUGUGCAUGGUCCAAUCUUGAAUGUUUCAUCCACUCAUUGUUAUGUGGCCCUACAAGCUAGUACUCGGAGUGUCAAGGCCAGUCUCUCCCGAGUGGAAAUGUGAAUCUUCACACAAGAUUAUCAAACCGCGUGGUGCAUAUCCUAAAGUAUAAAAAAUGCACUUUAUCUGUCCUUUGCAUUUGCUAAAUAAAAACACCCCAUCAUUCUU